CUUCCUGCUUCUCUUCCAGGUAACGGGAUCGGUCCCGGGGCGGCGGACUCGUCUCCCACAGUGUCGUCUGUGUCGCCCAAGUUUCACGCUAAGCCCAGUGGCCACGCCAACGGACGGAAUGGUUUGGGCAGCCGGUCCGGCUCGUUGGUGGCGGGCUCCCCGAGGCCCUCCCUCACCCGCCGGCCCAGCGCCAUCCCAGAGGCCACUGUGGACGGGUCCAAGCCGAGGGACUACCUGAUCCUGGCCAUCCUGUCCUGCUUCUGCCCGCUGUGGCCCAUCAACAUCGUAGCCCUCACCUUCUCCGUGAUGGUACGACUUCUUUAACAAACAGAUAAUAACUGAUACAAACAGAUGAUAACUAAUACAAACGGAUGAUAACUG